GGUGCUUCACUCCCGUCCACUGCUCAGUUGGCAACCCUCAAGUCAAGUGCUGCCACUCCUGCCCCUCGGCUCUCGCUCAGUCACCUCACCGCACUUUUGUGGGUAUCACACUGUCCGUAACGCACGUUCACAUCACUCGCCUCACUCAUCCUCCCUAAGUAUGGAAGUGGGAUUUGGUGCGACACAUGAACACUGAAGGAUAACCAACGUGUACAUUCCACACACUCCCCAGCACCAAAACGGGUAUCUUAGAGCUGCGUUGGACAUUCAUUGACAAGUGACACUCGGAAGGAGACUUAUUCUAGAGUGAUUUAGAUAUAUCACCCACUGGAACUUAUUAACACCAAACAUAAGAGGCGGGUCGGUGAGAAACCUUGGACAAACCCAACUUGGUGUGGCGUUGGAGUCGUAAUACAUUAUACCUGCGUGACACCUUCAGUAAGUCACCAUGGGGAAUGUAUGCUCGAGCUGUAAGGACUACGGGUGCUUCUCCUGGAUGAACCCGAAGAAGCAUUCCAACCUGCCCGCCAAGCCCGAGCCCGUGGAUCGCCCCAAGCCCGUCGCUCCGGUCCUCAGCGAAGUCGAGGUGGUGGGAGAACAUGGCAUUCUGUUGGUGAAGAAGUGGGGCCUGCAGGUGAAGGAGAAUGGCUCGGCGCAUCACACGGACCAGUUCCACGCGAUGAAGGGCGAGAAGCCCAGCCUGGUAGUGAGACGUGGUCAGCCCUUCACCCUCGUGCUCCACACCAGCCAGGCCUACAAGGAGGAGGCCCAUAAGAUCUCUCUCGUGUUCUCCGUCAAGGACGCCAAGAAUCCAAACUUCGGUAACAAGACCCUGGUCGGCGUGCGCGUGGGGUUGGAACCUGUGAAUGGGUGGUCGGCCGGUGUAGUGAGCUGCACAGACUCCGAACUCACGCUGAUGAUAACCACAUCCCCUCAAGCUGUCAUCGGGGAGUGGCAGGUAGAGGCUGACGUGAAUAGUGCAGGGCAUACUAACUCCUACCAAUGUCCAGAGCCCAUCUACUUGCUCUUCAAUACGUGGUGCGAAGAGGACCCCGUGUACCUGGAGAAGGAGGCGGAGCGGCAGGAGUAUGUAGAAAGUGACUUCGGACUCAUCUGGCGAGGCACUUCUAAGAUGUUGCGGCCGUGCCCUUGGCUCUUCGGGCAGUACGAGAAGGAUGUUCUGAAGAGUGUGCUGUUUGUGCUGGAGAAUGUGUGCAAGAUGUCCUCUGCCAACAGGAAUGACCCGGUCAAGAUCUCCCGCGCCCUGUCUGCUGGGAUUAAUUCCCCAGACGACGCCGGCGUGCUGGUGGGCAAGUGGGGCGAUGACUUCAGCGGGGGCGUGUCGCCGACUCAAUGGGGCGGGUCUCAGCGCAUCCUCCAGCAGUUCUACGAAACCAAGAAGCCCGUCAAGUAUGGACAGUGUUGGGUGUUCUCCGGCGUAAUGACCGCAGCCUGCCGCGCCUUGGGCCUCCCCUGUCGCUCCGUCACCAACUUCUCCUCUGCACACGACACGCACGGCUCCCUCACCAUUGACUACUUUUUAGAUGACGAAAGCGAAGCCAUCGAGCGACUCAACUGCGACUCCGUGUGGAACUUUCACGUGUGGAACGAGGUGUGGAUGACCCGUCCGGACCUUGACGGGGACUACGACGGGUGGCAGGCGGUGGACGCGACGCCACAGGAGCAGAGUGACGGCCAGUACCGCUGCGGGCCCGCCCCCCUCAAGGCCAUCAAGGCGGGACACAUCAACAAGCCUUUCGACAUUCCCUUCAUCUUCGCUGAGGUCAACGCCGACAAGCUUUACUGGAAGUACCGAGGACGCUGCCAGCCAAUGAAGCUGCUCGGCUACGAUAAAGACUGCAUCGGAAAGUUCCUGAGCACGAAGGCCGUGGGUCGGUAUGGCCGCGAGGACGUCACUCAUCUUUAUAAGUACGAAGAAGAUUCCAAGGAGGAGAGGGACGUGAUGAAGUCGGCGCUGCGGCUCUGUGAGAACACCUUCGCCCGUUACUACCUGAACGAAGAGUUUGAGGAGGUGGAAUUCGACUUCAAGAUGAAAGACGACAUCAUGAUUGGCCAGCCCUUCAAGUCGUCUGUUGAAGUGCACAACAAGGGGGAGAAGGAGCACAAGUUGGAGGUGGUGCUGCGGGCAGACACUGUACUGUACACUGGCGCCACCAAGCACCACGUCAAGUCACAACGCCAGAAGCUCACCAUCAAGCCCUUCUCAAAGGAGACAGUAACGCUGGAGGUAAGCUUCGACGAGUACUACAAGAAGCUGACCUAUCACUGCGCCUUCAACCUAUCGUGCCUGGCUAAGGUGGAGGAGAACGACUACGAGUACUUCGCUCAGGAUGACUUCCGAUGCAGAAAACCAGACAUCAAGAUUGAGUACGAGGGUGACAUGAGACUGGGCAAGGAGUGUGUCUGCCACGCCUACUUCACCAACCCGCUGCCGAUGCCCCUCAACCGCGGCUGGUUCCUCGUCCAGGGCGCGGGGCUCACUGAGUCGGAGUACGUCAGGCUUAACAAUACGGUGCCGGUGGGCGGUGAGGCGCGGUGCCAGUUCACAGUGAAGCCCACCACAGCGGGGGAGAAGACGCUAUGUGUGAUGUUUGACUCCAAGGAGCUGGAUGACGUGGACGGCAUGCUGACGGUGACGGUGAACGAGGCGAACACCACCCCGGAGGUCGUGGUUAGCGAGACUGAAGACAAGGUGGCUGAGACGACCCUGACGGAGAUCGCGCCCCCUGAGAAGCCUGCAGAAGCUUAAAGGACAGGGCGUGUGGUGAAGGGAAUGGAAACAGUAUUGGAUGGAACCGUGCAGGGAUAAAUGACCUGUGAUGAUGAUGAUGACGAUGGUGAUGAUGACUAGCUCUCUUCUUCUCUCCGUCUUCUCACGAGAAUUCCCGCUGCCUGUUUUGAAAUACACGAAAUAGACAAAUAUACAGAUAAGUAAAAAGGAAAAAGAAAAAAGAAAGGUGGGCAUUAAAAGAAAAAUGACGUUAUUGUUGUUAUUUUAUUAUUACGUAUUAUUAUUAUUAUUAUUAUUAUUAUUAUUAUUAUUAUUAUUAUUAUUAUUAUUAUUAUUAUUAUUAUUAUUGUUAUUAUUAUUACUAUCAUUUUUAUUUCCAAAGAAGUCUCUGUUUUUAUGCAUGUUCCAGACGUAUGCUUAAACUUCUUUCUUUUUAGUUUUCCUUUUAGUUAUUACGUAAAAGCGUUCAUUAGUUUAUCGUAUACCUAGUGCUAACCAAAAAUUAGGUUAGGAGAGUGUAUGUGUUGCUCCAUCCCCUAUCCACACCAUACAUUACUACAAAAUUCAUCUAAGAAAAUUAAUGACGAUGUUUAUAGACAGAUUUCAUAUCAUCUCUUCACACCAAACACAUACUACAACAAAAAAUCAUGUAAGAAAAUUAAUGAUGGUGUUUAUAGAAAGAUUCCAUAUUUUGACACCAAACACAUACCACAACUAAGAAAAUUACUUUAUAUCUCCCUAACACCCCAAAGACAGUCGGGUGUAGGAAGUGGAGGUGGCGGAGAGGCAAGAAGAAGCUGUGAUCGAGGUCGAGAUUUGCGUAACACUGCCCGUUAGGACGACAGAGAAGUGCGCACCGAUUAGCGGUCGUCACGUAAUUAUGUUUACCUGCUGUGUCUGUUAAUCUGUCUCUCUAUCUGUACUCUGCAUGUUAAGUGUCACUGUUUUAUCAUAUUUUUACGUACGAUAGUUUUGUGUCUGUAUGAUGUUGUUAUGCUAUAUUUUCGUCUUUACUUUGUCCGUGUGUUAGUAUUCCGCAUGUUUAAGUGUCCUUUUUUAUGUACGUUCUUUAGUUUUAUGUUAAUGUAUGGCAGUCUUUUAUUAUGAUCUAUGAGGACUUGUUUUCAGAUAGCGUAAGGCGUUAUCUGUCCAUAAUUAUCGAGCUUUAAUAAUAUAUACCGUGCUACGUGAAUGAAGCUUUGAUUUAUCGAGACAAAACUGAAAGCCUAAGUGCCAGUGCCAAGUGUUUUUUUUUUUUUUUUUUUUUUUUCUGUCAAUGAUAAGUGUAUGACUCUGGUAACUGUUAAGUGUUUCCUGUUGAGUUUAUCACAUGAAUAUUUUUGUAAGCCUACCAAUCAACAUGACGUAUUUCCUUUCUAGUCUGAGCAGCAUUGGAAGCAUUAUUGGAUUAUUGACCGUUACUAGUCUUGAUGUUAGGUGUGUGGGUUGCGGUAGCGAGAACAUACAGUCGGGAGAAUCUUUACUUCUCUUACGUUUCGACAGUGAGUGUUCCCUGGAGACUUUCUCACUACCAAUAUCCACUCGUUUGUCUAACUCUAAUGUAUACAACAAUAUUGAGUGUCAUAAAACUGUUCACUAGCUUCUAUGAAAUACCAAGGAAUUACAGCAGAUAUACAGUGUAACAUUGAACAUAAAAAAAUAAGUAAAGCUUAGGUCAAGUUAAAGCUGAGAGAGCAUAGCCAUGUGAUGUUUUACCGUUUAGUUUUUAUCUAUUGUCUAUAUAUUUUUUUUUCGAAUCAAAUUUGUAUGCAGUAUUAUUAAUGAUAACUAGUGAAUACUUAACAGCAACAUUAAUAAUAAACCUAAUCAUCCA